CAAUCUUUAAGAGUAACUUUUUUUCCAGUUUCGGUAUAGAUUUUUGAUUGAAUUAACUUCUUAUUAGCUUCCAUAUACAUCAAUUCAAUUACUUAGAUUAGAAAAUAACAUUGAAGACAUAGCAUGGUUAUGGCUUUCAUCCAUGCGUGCAAUUUCUAAUUUUGAACCAUCACUGGUUACUCUUAUAUAUAUGAACGCCGGACAGUCUUGCUUCAUAGUACUAGAUAAUGGUUCUUACGUAUUUAAAAUAAUUUAUAAAUAAUUUAAUAAUUAAUAAACACACUUACGAUGCGGAUCGUUGCUGUUCGUUGUUAGAACUUUUCUUAUAAAUUCCUCCAUGAACACAUUUUAAUUUUAAAAAAUAAUAUUUAAUGAGUCCAGAGUAUUUUUUAAUUUUAGCGGAUAUUUCUUUCGAGCUACAUUUUAAGUUCGACAAACCGAAAUCGCAAAAUCACAAAAAAAAUUUUUUUCAUACUCCAGAUUCGUACAGGAAGCUAUCCAUAUCCAGCACAGUAUGUUCCGCCGACGUACUCGGAGCGUUUAUGCGUCCUACUGUGUACAGGCUGGCCAUCCUGUACACGUUAGUGUCUCGGCGGUCAGAUGUAUCUGACGUCCAAGACCAUUUACGCUUGCUGAUAAAUUCGCGUGUGGAGGUUAUACCAAUUGUGUUGUUGAAACCAUAUACACAUCGCUCGUUAUGUGACUGGAUGCAUGUGGGGGAGAAUGAGCCUCGGUCUAGGAGGGUCAUUCAAACCCGAGCGGAGAUGGAAGAGGCGGGCACGUCCCAUGCGCUCGUGCGUUUAGAGUAGUAUUUUUUUUUUGUAGCCGUUGUACGGUUCGUGGAUUAGGCCAUAGGGGAUAUCACUUUAAAAAAAACUUUUGACGUGGGAACGUUAUUGGAUAUCGUAAUAUAUUAUAAACUAAAAAUAUUACACACAGAUUUAAUUACACUCAAUUAUUCAGUCUAUUUUUGUAUAAUGUAUAUUUAUAAAUCUGAUUAAAAAUAAACCAUUAUUCUUAUGAAAUUAA